AUGGCGUUCCUCGAUAUCGACCCCUCCGUCUUCGACCCAGCCAGCAUAACUGAAGAGACCAAGAAAUUCAACAAGGCCGCCGUAGACAUGAUGAUCGGCGCGCCCAAGUGGUACGAAGUCGGCGCACCGAAGUAUCGCGCCAUGCGAGCCGCUGGCGAGACCCCACUCCCCGCAGCCACCUACCUCGACACCGCCGAGGACAUCGACAUUCCCUCCCGUGACGCCAAUCGCUCUAUUCCCUGCCGCGUCCUCCGGCCCCAGAGCACAUCCAAGCCCAUCGCCGGCGUCUUCCUCCAUAUACACGGCGGCGGCUGGGUUCUGCAAGACCAGCGAUCCCAAGACCCACCCCUUCAGCAACUCGCCAACAGCACCAACCUCCUCUUCCUAAGUGUCGGUUACCGGCUUGCGCCAGAGGACCCCUUCCCUGCUGGACCUAAUGACUGCUAUGACGUCGCCGAGCACCUCGUCCGCCACUCGACCGAACAAUUCGGUGCCCCACUGUGCUUCACGGGUGGCGAGUCGGCGGGUGGGCACUUGGCCAUGCUUGUCGCGCUGCAUUUAUUGCAGCACGAGUCCUCAGAGUUGAAUUCCUUCCGGUUCAAAGGACUGCUGUUGCAUUUCGGCUGCUUUACCUUCUCCUGGCUACCUCAUAUGCACAAUUGGCGGCAAGAGGGACCUUGUCUUGUGCUUGAUAAGGAUUUGAUGGAGCACUACCGCGACGCAUUUUUACCCAAUUGGACACAGGCCACGUUAGAAGACCCAAAGGUGAGCCCCAUAUACGCAGAUCUUGAGAGUUUGCGGGGCAAAUUGCCACCAGCGCUGUACACGUGCGGUACAGAGGAUCCGCUGCUGGACGACACGAUCUUCAUGAGUGCGAAGUGGAGAGCUGCGGGGGCGGAGGCGGUGGUGAAGAUUGUGCCGGGGGUGCCGCAUGGGUUCAUCUUCUUCCCGAGGGACAACAAGGGAGCGAGGGCGGAGGAGGGGAUGGCGGCGGUGGAGGCGUUCAUUGCGAGGCAUCUGGAGGGGCGGUAG